AUGGCACUCCAAGCAAACGGGCUGCAGGCACUGAACUGGGCCUCCUGGCUGCGGGGCUCGCCCAGAUCCACAGACGGCAGCACAGAUAUAACAAAACCCAAGCUCCAAGAGUUUGAGUCCGUGGAACGCAUCUCAGCUCCCGGCGGUGGGCGGGACCGGUCGAGGUCGCGCCCCCUGAGGUUCUGGCUACAGCAGCUGGAGGCGCUGCGCAGGAUGGUGCAGGAGCGCGAGAGGGACAUCCUGGCGGCCAUCGCCUCGGACCUGAGCAAGAGUGAGCUGAAUGCAUACAGCCAGGAAGCCAUUACCAUUCUUGGGGAAGUUGAUCUCGUGCUGGAGCAGCUUCCUGAGUGGAUUACUGCUAAGCCAGCCAAGAGGAACCUGCUCACCAUGAUGGAUGAGGCCUACGUCCAGCCAGAGCCCCUGGGGGUCGUCCUGAUUAUAGGGGCUUGGAACUACCCCUUCGCUCUCACCAUGCAGCCACUGACAGGAGCCAUUGCUGCAGGAAAUGCUGUGAUUAUCAAGCCUUCUGAAGUAAGUGAAAAUACAGUCAACAUCUUGGCUAAGCUCCUCCCCCAGUAUUUAGACCAGGACCUGUAUGUUGUGAUUAAUGGUGGCGUUGAGGAAACCACCCAGCUCCUGAAGCAGCGAUUUGACCACAUUCUCUACACUGGAAGCACUGCGGUUGGAAAAAUUGUCAUGGCAGCUGCUGCCAAGCAUCUGACCCCUGUGACUCUGGAACUGGGAGGGAAGAGUCCGUGCUACAUCGACACAGAUUGUGACCUGGACAUCGCCUGCAGACGCAUAGCCUGGGGGAAGUACAUGAACUGUGGCCAAACCUGCAUUGCUCCCGACUACAUUCUCUGUGAACCAUCUCUCCAGGGUCAAAUCGUGCAGAAGAUUAAGGAAACUGUGAAGGAGUUUUAUGGAGAAAAUAUAAAAGAAUCUCCUGAUUAUGAAAGGAUCGUCAAUCUUCGUCAUUUUAAGAGGCUCCUGAGUUUGCUUGAAGGACAGAAGAUAGCGUUUGGUGGGGAGCCUGAUGAAGCCACCGGCUACAUCGCCCCAACAGAACUUACUGACGUUGAUCCUGAAACCAGGGUGAUGCGAGAAGAAAUUUUUGGACCAAUUCUUCCAAUAGUGCCUGUGAAGAAUGCAGAUGAAGCCAUAAAGUUCAUAAAUGAUCGCGAAAAGCCAUUGGCUUUCUACGUGUUUUCUCAUAACAACAAGCUUGUCUGGCAGAUGAUGGACUGCACGUCCAGCGGGGGUGUCACGGUCAACGACGUGAUCAUGCACUUCAUGCUCAGCUCUCUGCCCUUCGGAGGCGUGGGCUGUAUACUACUGAAGAGUGAUCCUGUUCAGCCUCCUGAUGCCUCCACUGAAUCAUUCCUCUGCUAA